AUGCUGGGCGCAUCUGGAGUUGGGCUCUCAUUGAGCUCGAGCAUCUCCGCUUGCCCGGCCACCAAGUCCUCUCGGAGCACCCGCCAUUCCUCCUCCGUGGUGAAGAUGGCGAUCUCGGUGGAGAAGAAGCCCUACACGCUAGAGAAAUCCGAGGAAAUAUUCAACGCCGCCAAGGUCCGCACCCCCUUUCUCCUCCUGCCGCGGCUGUCUUCUUUGCUCUGCUCCCCUCUAUGCUAGGGUUUCUGAGUGGGGGUUAUCGGCCGGUUUAUUCGGUCAUAGGGCACAGACUGGAUGUGGGGUUUUCGUAUUCACUUCAACUGUUUGCUUUAUGAUUUCUUGGGGCGUAUGAUUUCAUUCCAGCAUAAUUCCAACGUCUUGUUACUCCGUAGAAUCGGAAGAGUCCUAUCACGCACAUAUUAAUGAAAUUUCUCGGUUUAAUCCUUAGAGCUCUGUGUGCGCAUAUUGUUCCUGAACUCUAAAACCUUGACUCAAGACCGGCUAUUAAUUCUCCGUCGAUCGGGCCCCGGACAGAUCAGAGCCUCCCUGGACUUGAGAAUCUGGAGGAGCGACGCCUUUGUUCCCUGUCUGGAACACAUCCUUUGCUUGGAUGACGUGGGGAAGGGGAAAGUCUGAUCAUUUUUCAUCCUCUCGGGUCGCCAUGAUCGAAAUCAAUGCAUAUGCACGUUCUGGAUAUUUAAUUUUAUGGGGAUGGAUUGGCAGGUCUGUCGAAUGAUCAUAUGAUGUUUAGAUGCGCGAAGGAAAGCAUUGUCAAUUCUGACUAUUGGAAUAUGCCAUCAAUUUAGCUCACGGAAAAUCUUCAGGAUUGUAUUUAUAACGGUUCAUUAUGUUCUAUGCAUGUGCAUCUGUCUGUUAUGUUGAGGAUUCAAAAGUCUUUUUUAAAAAAAGAAAAACCCUGUAAAUCAUUAUUUUAUCUCUUUUCAAAGUUCUAACAGGGUGGAAAGGGGUUAGAAGAAUACGGAGAUGAUAUAAAGGUCAAGUGUAGGCUGACAAAAUCCAUCGAUAUUCCUGAAGUUAAUCCUGCAAUCUGAGAUGUCUUUUACCUCUGAUUAAGAAUUUUGACCGACUUUCUCAAAUGAAGAAUCAUAAAGUUCCUGCACCAUAUCGAUAUUCUUCCUUCUAAUGAAUUCAUGUUGGAGAAGAAAUCACUAAUGGCAGAUUGCCCUGUUAGACCGUUUUCAAUUCCCUGAUAGAACGCAAAACUGCCAACAAGCUGAAAAUUUUGCCGGCAGCAUUAUUUAAGGCCGCCAUUAUUUCAAUGCCCUCGCCUCUGAUCCCAGAUAUGGGUUUUUUUUCAAUCACUAAUGGUAGAUUGCCCUGUUAGACCGUUUUCAAUUCCCUGAUAGAUCUCAAAACUGCCAACAAGCUGAAUUUUUUUUCUUCUUACGGAUGUAGGUUUUUUUUUCUGUGUUCUCUCUAGUUUUCAAUUCCAUGAUCCGGCUCAUGGAAUAAUUUCCUGUUUUUGAUAGAAUCUGUUACCUGGAGGAGUCAAUUCGCCGGUCCGCGCCUUCAAAUCAGUUGGCGGGCAGCCCAUCGUGUUCGAUUCUGUUAAGGGCUCCAAGAUGUGGGAUGUCGAUGGGAAUGAAUACAUUGACUAUGUGGGCUCAUGGGGACCUGCAAUCAUCGGCCAUGCUGACGACAAGGUCUGCAACUCCUUCCCUUCCCUUUUCAUGUCUUUUUAAAAUCCUCAACUCUUCUUGAAUCCUCAGUUAGAUGGUGGGUUUCCACUUUAGAGAUCUCUUGUUUCAUCAGCAAUAUUCCCCACACUGUCUGAAUUUGCCUAAGAAGAACUCUGAGUCCUUUUUAUCUUUUUUGUAUUUGCAGGUCAAUGCGGCGCUGAUUGAGACACUGAAGAAAGGUACGAGCUUUGGCGCACCGUGCCUGCUUGAGAACGUCCUGGCGGAGAUGGUGAUUGCAGCAGUGCCGAGUGUUGAGAUGGUGCGCUUUGUCAACUCUGGCACAGAGGCCUGCAUGGGUGCACUCCGCCUCGCACGGGCCUAUACUGGCCGUCAGAAGUUGCUCAAAUUCGAGGGAUGCUACCACGGCCACGCCGACUCCUUCCUGGUCAAGGCCGGCAGUGGCGUUGCCACCCUCGGCCUCCCAGACUCCCCAGGCGUCCCCACCGCCGCUGCCUCUGAGACGCUCACCGCCCCCUACAAUGAUGCCGAUGCAGUGAGCCGCCUCUUCCAGCAGCACCCCGGCGAGGUGGCGGUAGUGGUCCUUGAGCCAGUCGUUGGUAAUGCCGGUUUCAUCACACCGGAGCCCGAAUUCCUAGCAGCACUGCGCCGGAUCACCGAGGAGAAUGGCGCCCUGCUGAUCUUUGACGAGGUGAUGACUGGCUUCCGGCUGGCCUAUGGCGGUGCGCAGGAGUAUUUUGGGAUCACCCCCGAUCUGACAACACUGGGGAAGAUCAUCGGCGGUGGCCUCCCUGUUGGUGCCUAUGGUGGUAGGAGGGAAAUCAUGGAGAUGGUGGCACCGGCAGGGCCAGUAUACCAGGCAGGGACAUUGAGUGGCAACCCGUUGGCGAUGACUGCCGGAAUUCAUACAUUGCGGCGGCUGCAGGAGCCAGGGACUUAUGAGCACUUGGAGGAGGUUACUGGCAAGCUUGUCAACGGACUGGUCGCCGCUGGGAGGGCUGCCGGGCAUGAGGUCUCUGGCGGCUUCAUUAGGGGGAUGUUCGGCUUCUUCUUUGCAGAGGGGCCGAUCCGCAACUUUGAGGAGGCCAAGAAGAGCGACACCGCCAAGUUUGGGAGGUUCCACCGAGGGAUGUUGGAAGAGGGUGUCUACCUGGCUCCCUCUCAAUUUGAGGCCGGCUUCACCAGCUUGGCCCAUACCUCUCAGGACAUCGAGCAAACGCUCGAUGCUGCCAAGAAGGUCUUCCGCCGUAUCUAG